AUCCCCAAACUCCAUUUUCGUUUUGCUUCAAAAUUUCACCCAAAAUGUCGAUGUCAAAGAGUUCCAAAAUGCUUCAAUACAUCAAUUACCGUAUGCGUGUUACAAUACAAGAUGCUCGUCAAUUGAUCGGAAAAUUCAUGGCUUUCGACCGACAUAUGAACCUCGUGCUUGGAGACUGUGAAGAGUUCCGUAAACUUCCUCCCACAAAAGGGUCGAAAGAAGAACGUGAAGAUCGCCGUACACUUGGUCUUGUUCUUAUCCGUGGCGAGGAGGUUAUUUCCAUGACUGUUGAGGGACCACCUCCUCCUGAUGAAUCACGAGUCAAGGGUACUACUGCCGGUUCUGCAGUUUCCGGCCCUGGAAUUGGUCGGGCCGCUGGUCGUGGUGUUCCUACUGGGCCGUUGGUUCAUGCUCAACCGGGACUUGCUGGACCUGUUCGUGGGGUUGGUGGGCCUGCUCCGGGUAUGAUGCAGCCUCAACUUUCUCGGCCUCCGAUGCCUCAAGUUUCUGCUCCACCGAUUAAUUACCCACAGCAGCCGCCGCCAAUGAUGAGACCGCCGGGUGGUGGGCCACCAAUGCCACCGCAAGGUAUGCAGAUGCAAAGACCUGGGGGCCCUCCGCCUAUGGCACCACCACCACAUUUCCGGCCUGGUGGUGGUCCACCACAGUUUCCACCGCAGUUUGGUCAGCGGCCCAUGGUUCCUCCACCUCCCAUGAUGAGGGGUCCGCCUCCACCUAGACCAGGAAUGCCUGGUCAACCGCCUCACCCGGGUAUGCCACCCCCACCUCCCGGUGGUCAGGUUCCUGUUUAUGGACCUCCUCGUCCUGGUAUGCCUCCACCGCCCAAUCCUCAGAACCAGCAGCAAUAGUA